UAUCGGAAGAUUCAUAACAUUGAUUACAACAUUUGCCGCAUAGAGCAGGCACUGCAUACGAAAAUGUUACAAAGUGUUACAUCUUCUGCGGAAAGAAAUUUAAUCGUGUGUAAAGGAAUAAUCAGUGCGGUCCAUAUGUACAGAAGAGCAAUCAAGUUUAUGGAAAUGUCAAAGGCAAAUUUUAAAUGGGGAUACUUAACGUUGUUACCAUUAGGAGUACUGUCGCUAAGUGUCAAUCUUUAUCGUUUUUCUCAGCUGAUAAUAUCCGAAGAAUAUUAUGAACUGAUCAUUAGUAUUCUUUUUGUCCUUGGCCAUUUUUGGUACAUGUUUUUCUGCAACUAUAUGGGACAGGAAGUAAUCGAUCAUAGCGGGAAUAUCUUUUAUAGAACAUACAAUACGAAAUGGUAUGUAGCACCGUUGAAAGCACAGAAAUUAUUGCUGCUUGUGAUGCAAAGGAGCAUGCGGCAUUCCUCGAUUGUCAUUGGUGGUUUGUUUGUUCUGUCGUUUGAAGGAUUUGCCACGCUUACGAGCAUGUCAGUUUCAUACUUCACGGUGAUCUUUUCCACCUGUUGAUCAUUAUCCUCUUCGUGAAAUAAGUCCGAACAUCUAGAAUCUCACGAUAUAAAUACUAGUUGCAAGUAUAAAUAGAUAAU